AUGAAACAAUUCACCGAACUUUUCUCCAUCUGCAUUAUUAUUCUCUCCUCCAUUGCCGAAAAUGCUGAUUCCAGUCUUAUUACCGAUCUAUGUAAACACUGCGACGAUCCAAAACUCUGUCUCUCCAGCAUACAGGACCGUCCCGAGUCCGGCGAGUUCGCAGCCACCACCAACCAGAUAGAGAUCAUAGCUAUCUCUGCCGCCUCAGCCAACGCCUCCUCCACUUCCGCAUAUAUCAAAGAAAUGCUUAGCCGCGAGGAUCUGGAACCGGCAAUAGAGGCAACUCUCGAAGACUGUCAGAAGAAUUACCAAGAUGCUGUGGAGCAGCUCGACGAUUCGAUAUCCGCCAUGCUCGCUAAUGCACAUGCCGACGUCGAUGUCUGGAUGCACGCGGCCAUCAGUGCCAUUGAGUCAUGUACUAACGAUUUAGAGUCACGCGCAGGAAACGAUGUGGAGCUUUCUCAAAGAAACGAAGUUCUUCUCAAACUAUGCAAAAACGCUUUGGUGAUUAAUAAAAUGUUAACAUGA